UUUUGGUGGAGAAGUAAGUUAACGACCGAGGAUUAGAAACUCAUUAUAUUUUUUCUCACAUUUUCUCAGGAGCUAAGCAAGACCAAAUCAAGCAAGUUAAAGAAAACCAGCACCUAGAUUUACGUUACGGUAGUAAGCGAAAGUGACAACGACGAUGUCCUGGAUCUACGUCUUCUACACCGUAGUCUGCUACAUCAGACUCCCGAGGUUUCUGAACUGCCCAACUCGCCUGAUUGUGAGUACCUCCCCUCCCCUUCUUGUGAUUCCGUAUAAGCAGGUCCUCUUUUUUCUAUACACUCUCUCGUUUGGGGUGUUCAAAUAUUUGAUAUGCUGCCGAUUAAGAUUGGUACAGGUCAAGGAGAUGCCUCGAAAGCCAGCAAGGCGUAGGCGCCGCCAAUUAUUGAGACCUCUGCCUUUUUCCUUUUCCCCAUUUUCUCGUACGGUUUCUCAAGUUGCUUCUUAUUGCAAGGUUAAUCAUCAAAUCCAUGUGUCCAAGUUGGACAGGAAAUCUCCCCCUAAUGCUGCAGGCAACAGAUUUAUUAAUCACACUUUGGAAGAGAAGAGUGCACGGUCUGAAUCUUCAGAAGAAGACAGUUCUGAAGUGGUUGCCCAAGCAGAUUUUGCCUUCUUUGAUCCAAAACCAGAUGACUUUCAUGGAGUGAAAAUCUUGCUGCAGACCUACCUUGACAAUAAGCAAUGGGAUUUGAGUGGGUUUGUAGACUUAAUAUUGGGAAAUACGACAGUAGGAACUGUUGUUAAAAUAGAGGAUGAUGAAGAUGAUGGAGUUUUCUCUCUUAUUACUGCCCUUAACCUGGGGAGAUACAAGGAUCAUAAAUGUAUUAUGGAACUCAAGGAGUUCCUGCUAAAAGUAGGCCCUGAGGAGGAUGUAAAAGAUUCGUUGAGAUUACUUUUGGGAGAAGAAGCACACAAUGUGGGUCUCUCAGUCUCACAAUGUGUGGUGAAUCUUCCUCCCCAGCUUUUGCCACCUCUUUGCGAUGCCCUCUUUGAUGAAGUCUCAUGGGCUACAGAAGAUGAGCCUACAGUGGAGCUCAGGAGUUCCUUUUCCUUUAAGAUUUAUCUACUGAUUAGUAGAAUCUACAAGCAUAAGAAUGCAGACCAAAAAAAAGGCCCAAGAGGUGAUGUUGAUGAAGCAAUAAUAUAUAUUAAGCUUGAAGAUGAAAUUUUUCAUAAGCUCUCAUGGUCCUUCAGUUUUCCUCUGCACACACAGCAUGUUGCAACUCAUAGGGCAAGUAGUGGUGUCAUCAGCCUAUCGUUGUUUUUGCUAAGAAAUUACCAGUUAAUGUGGUUGGUCAUGGCAAUUGAAGCAGACAAAGCUUCUACAUUCUGGAAAGAGUUGCACACUUUGCUAGAUGAACCCCGAGGCCAUGAAAAGAAAAAAGAGAGGAUAUGUCUGGAUCAUCUCAAGGUUCAUGACUGGUAAUUUCCACAGGGGUGCUGGGUGCUAAAAGUACAUACAGGUUUGGGGUUAAAGUGACUCUUCCUUUUGGUAGAUGCUUGUCAUUUGAAUGGGAGACUUUAUGAUCAUGGAACUACCAGGAGGGGGUUGAAUAUGUAGUCAUUAUAUAUUGACUCAAAAAUGUUAUUUUUUAUUUUUCCGAGUUCUUUGAUUAGGAUAUUGUUAAUCAAUAAGAACAUUCAAUCGCACAAGACCUUAUAGAUGUAAAAAUCAUGGGUUUAGAGACCACAAAGCUAAAAUUUACACAGCUUUAUCUAGUAGUUACUACUCCCUCAAACUAACAAUACUAGCACCUACACCUAAUCUCACAUCGGCAAUGCAACAGUUUUGUCCUUCUUAGUGGAAUCGUCCUACACUUUGAGAGGAUGUGAUCCUAAUACCAUAAACCCACAAACAACAAUGAAUUCUUUUGAGAGUGUUGGGUUAAGUGUAGAGAAUAACGGCAUGAAGUCUAGACAUAUGAAGGGGAAAUCACACAAUAUUAGACAUAUACAUACGAGAUAAACCCUAAUAAACUUGGCGGCCAUGAUUUAGAAAUCUUCUUUUGCCAAAAAAUGAUUUAGGAAACUUAGAAAAUCUUAGAAAUUAGUGAUUUUGGGUCAGUCUUUUGUUGAAUGUUUGAAUGCUAUUUAAGGCAGUUUGCACUGAUAUUUAAUUCAAGUUUGUUUACAUAUUAAUUUUAUAUCUGAUUUUCUAUACGUCUAUUAUAUGUCUUUGAUAUCAUUACUACCAAUUAACUCAACCAUAUUUACUGGUAUAAUCCAAGUUGAUUUUGCAGCAAUCUUAAUUCCUACUAAAGAGUGUAAAAUUGUAAAACAUAUGAAAAGAUGUAAACUCUUCAGUGAGGAUCGAAUGAAAAAAAACUUACCAACCGAAACUACAUACAAUGUAUAGACCAUGAACAACCCCACCUUCGCUGUUGCCAUUGAUGCGGGAUAAAGGCGUUUAUGCGCCUAUUUAUGCAUUUAUUAUACUGCAACUGCCUGGUAAGUUUAAUGGAAAGUGAGAAGGCGUUGUACAAACGCCUUCCUGCCAGAUUGAAUGGCAUUAAUGGGUUAUAUUUGUUACAUUUGAAGAUUUUAUAGUGUGUGUUGGAAGGUUGGAUUGAUGAUUUUGGUUUUUUUCUUUUCUUUUUCUCUCCUUUCUGAAGAUUGAAGACAAUUCAUUUAUUAACUGUUUAGUUAAGUGAGUGGAGUCAAAGCCAUGCCCUUCAAUUGUAGAAUUUCUUAUGGUAACAUUCGGUUGGAAGUCAACUUAAAUUGAGGACGGUCCUCAGUUGCUUGGAUUGGCUACAUUUAUUGACUUUGUAUUGUCUUAAGAUCAAUUGCAUGAUUGAUCAAUUAAACACCCCGGAAACAAAUUGUUAAAAGUUAAAACAUGUUAUUAGAUAAUAUAAAAGCUUUCAUAAAUUAUUAUGAUCAUAUGAAGACACAGUUGGAUUAUAUUGGUAGCAAACCCAACUUAACCCGCUGGGCUGCAGCCCUUGUUAUGUCUAGGGCCAGCCAGGAUUCGGUUAGGUGGCCCAAGUUCAGCUCAGUCCAAUACAAAGUUUCCAGCCCCGGCCCUCCAAAUACAAAUUUGAGCUCCCGCCUCUCUCUAAUUUGUAUUUGCAAGCCAUCUAUCUUAAAAUGAAUAUUUUUGGCUUGUUCCCAUGUGCCCAUGAAGGGUUCCUUCUGCCAUUUUAGAAGCUCUCCCCUCAAAUCUACAAAUCCAUAUAGCAUUGGGGAUGGCUGCUAUUUCUUUUCAAAUGAUGAUUUGAUUUUCAGUAUUUGUGGUUGUUCAAAACUUGAGGCUCCGUUUGAAGGGGGUGAUGGAAAAGCCAAAAGUUGGGUACAGCAAAGCGUGGUAGUUAAUGAAGCAAAGGCUACAAGUCAGGGUUGCACUCUCAAUACUAAGGAGCAGUCAAUUUUGAACAAGCAAGUUGGCCGCCUCAUCUCACUCAUUAAUAAAUGUUGUCUAGAGAACCAUGAUACCAUUGGAGACGCAUUUAUUGUUUUCUCAUUUCAUAGUAACAUGUCAUUUGAACUUUUAUUAUACCUCAUACCUUAUACCUUAAACCUUAUACCUUACAUCUAA